GUGACGUCAGAGAUAGUGGUAUCGUUAGCAAGAAAGCUAACAAGUCACAGCUAGAGACAGCUCAUCUGCUCAUAAUGAAUGCAUUAGUUAUAAUAGGACUUAAUACAAAUAGCCCUGAGAGGAGAAAACAGAAGUUUCGUAACGGCAGACAAACUUCAGUUCUGCAGCCUCAGUCAUCACUUCAACAACGACCCACCAGCCAUCGCACUCCUGUGAAUUCCUCAGGGGAACUGGAGCUACAGUGCAAAAUAAGUGUAAAUGGUGUGCAGGACCUGAACAUGACGGAAAUCAAGUCGGAUGCAGUCGUAAAAGCAUUUGAGUAUUUGUCAUAAGUCAGAUGAACAAGAGCAGCAAUUCUUAACACAUACUGACUUGAAACCAUUCCAGUGUAUGAUCUGCAACAGAUCGUUUCGGUUGGAAGUUAAUUUAAUACAUCAUCAUAAAAUUCAUAGGAACCAAAAAGAAUUGGGAAGUCCAAAUAAUGUGCAAAUGUUUGAUUCUGAAGAAAUAAAAGAUUUACCUGAACCCAGUCAUGCAGAUCCCAUUGACUUGAACAUCAUUGUUAAACCAGAAACAUGGAGUGAAAAUUGCAGUAAUCACAAUGACUCUUUUCCUCAGGAUUCUGAGUUAAUUACAUCAGCAGAACAGCAGAGGGAAAACUGCUAUGCCACCAGCAAGCAGCAGAGAAUUAACACUUUACAUCAAUGCUCUUCAUGUUUAAAAUGUUUUCCAUCUGUAUCAAAACUUCAAAGGCACAUGAUGACUCAUACUGGACAAAGGCCCUUUGGCUGUGAGAUGUGUGGAAAGAGAUUUCGUCAGAAAACACACUUGCAUUGUCGCACUCACCUGUGGUCCAGAUAUCACAAACAACGAUCACUGUAUAUCAGUUGGCCGCCUUCUUGCAUAGGUGGGUUUAACACAAGGACUGCAGCAGACGUCCCAGUCCGGGAAAUUACACACACUGGCAGUGAUGUAAUCUCUGUGAAACAGAUCUCUUCUAUGGUAAUUAUUCAGAAUGACAACAGAAAAUCAGAUAAAUUGUUGCCACAUACUUCAAAGAAAUAUGAGGUUAUGCACUUGGGAAAGGUUUCUAAAGUGACUGUGAAAAGGACACAGACUGCUAAAUCAAUGCAAAAUCCAGGCAACAUACAACACAAGUGCUUCUGGUGUUUAAAGUGUUUUCCCAGUGCCUCUAAACUACAAAGGCAUGAGAUGGUACACACAGGCCUGAAACCAUUUCAGUGUCUUAUAUGUGGGAAAGCAUUCAGGCAAGCUUCACAUCUGAAAACCCAUGAAAGAACUCACUGUGAGAGGAAACCUUCCAAGCCAGUCAAUAAACGGGAACAUGAGAAAACCGAAAGCGAAUGGUCAACAGCAGCUUUACCCAAGGAUCAGUGUCUGUAUCCCACCACAAAAAAAAUCUGUGAACACAGACACUACACUUGAUAAUGGAGUGACUGUGCUGCUCUGCACCAGGCCUGAAAUAUCCAUACCAAAAGUGAACAGUCUCUUUAAGACAAACUCUACAAGUAGCGUAACUUGUAAAAAAAGGAAACUUCACACAUGCCAAAUAUGCUUUAAGAACUUUUCUUCCCCAUAUAAGCUCUCAAGGCACUUGGUCACUCACUCUGGGAGAAGGCCAUACAAUUGCACGUUGUGCAGCAAAACCUUCACACAGCAUGGCCAUCUAAAAGUUCAUGAGCACAGAUGCAGACAGGGUGACAGGGUCUCACAUUAUAUUCAAGGUAAAAUGAUAAAUAUCAACUAUCUCCAGGAUAAAUGCAUUGAAAACCUUACUCAUUGUACAGAUUUUGAUGUGGAUUCAACAAGAGAGCAGUCAGAGUCACAUUAUACCAGUGCUGGUCAUUACUCAUUUACUGAUCGAGAUUUAUUUUAUUGCUCAGAGACAAAAGACACUGAAUGGCUGGCAGUGCCAGAAGUAGGCCUACAAGAGAAGAAUGAAUCAGAGAGAAGGCAGAGAGAAAAUUGUAAUCAGGCUAUGGGUAAUUGUGAUCAGGCUACAGGCCAUUAUAGUUAUUAAUUUCCCUCUGAACUUGCCUUUGAAAUAAAUAAGCUUGUCCAAAAUCAAAACAUGACAGCUCCACCUUUGUCACAUCAGUAUGAGGGCAAUGCACAUAAUGUAGAAGUACCAUGUCAGCUUAAAGGAGCUACGGCUAUUUCAGGUAGCAACAAGCUGGUCAGUGAUGAACUUGUGAGUUCUGUGGUUGAGAAUCAAAUGCAGCCAGAUAAUUACUGGUGUGAACCAAUAACUCUGUUUGAAUGUGACAAGUGCACUGCAAGUUUUAAGAGCAAAAACAAUCUUAAACAACAUAUUUGUUCAAUUAAUGUUCAGCCUAAAAUGACAGAGUCAGCCCAGAAGUAUUGUUGUGACAUUUGUUUUAAAUAUUUUGUGUCGCCCUCUAAACUUAAAAGGCAUUAUCUCAUCCACACAGGUCAGAGGCCGUUUAGGUGUGACAUUUGCGGCAAAACCUUCACACAGUCAGGCCAUGUCAGAACACACCGACUGACUCAUUGAUGAUCAAAAUGUUACAGUGUAAUGUUUUUUUGUGUGUGUGAAAUGAUCAUUGAUAUGAUGUUUGUGUAUAUUGUAUGUAUGUAAAGUAUGUAAUAGAUGUAUGAUAAUGUAGACUUAUAUAAUAUGUUUAUAUUUUCAGCAUUUCAUAAAUUCAACAUGUUUCAUAUGGUA